AUGGUUAAUAUGAGACUGACCAAAGGACAUGUGGAGUCAGAGAACAGAGAAACAGGAACUGUUAGAAAAACUUGUUAUAGUCCCAUUUACUUUCCUUUCCAGAGGAAGAACAAGGAGGAGCCCGAACGUCAGUUCACCCUGGACUCGUUUUUUGAGGAGAUACUGCAGAAGCGGUUGCAGGAAGAGAAAGAAGUCCUUUCUGUUUCGGAGCGUCAGUUCACUUUGGACGCGUUUUUUGAGGAGGUGCUGCAGAAGCGGCUGCAGGAAGAGAAAGAAGUCCGUACUGCUCCGGAGCGUCAGUUCACCCUGGACUCGUUUUUUGAGGAGAUGCUGCAGCAGCGGCUGCAGGAAGAGAAAGAAGUCCUUUCUGUUUCGGAGCGUCAGUUCACUUUGGACGCGUUUUUUGAGGAGGUGCUGCAGAAGCGGCUGCAGGAAGAGAAAGAAGUCCGUACUGCUCCGGAACAUCAGUUCACCCUGGACUCGUUUUUUGAGGAGAUUCUGCAGAAGCGUCUGCAGGAAGAGAAAGAAGUUCUUUCAGUUAUGGAGCGUCAGUUCACUUUGGACGCGUUUUUUGAGGAGGUGCUGCAGAAGCGGCUGCAGGAAGAGAAAGAAGUCCGUCCUGCUCCUGUUAGUAUAAAUUCGAACAGUGAGCGUCAGUUCACCCUGGACUCGUUUUUUGAGGAGAUGCUGCAGAAGCGGCUGCAGGAAGAGAAAGAAGUCCUUUCUGUUUCGGAGCGUCAGUUCACUUUGGACGCGUUUUUCGAGGAGGUGCUGCAGAAGCGGCUGCAGGAAGCAAAAGAAGUCCGUCCUGCUCCGGAGCGUCAGUUCACGCUGGACGCCUUCUUCGUGGAGUUGCUGCAGCAGCGGCUGCAGGAAGAGGAUUAA